CUGCAUAAUCAGAUUCGCUCAUCGUCAAAGUUUAUUUUCGAUUUCGAGAAAGUUUCUCCCAAAAUGAACUUGAUAUUUCGCAUUUUGUGCGUUUUGAUCCUCACUCCUGCCAUCCUUGGACAGAAUAAGGGAGCAGAAAAGGAGGCAGUUCAUAUUAAAACUUCAGAAAGGGUGCAAAACGACGAGAGAACAGUGGGAAUUGAUGUGGAGACUGAAAAGAUCGAUCUCGAUGCAAAAGGAAACUUCGCUGAUGCCGAGAUUUUGAAGGUCAACCUGCAGGUCUCAGUGAUUGAAGGCAACAUCCAUGUAAAUGGGAUGCGUGCCAAGCACGGCUCGGUGACUGCCUUCCACUUCCAUGCUGAGAUAGAUGAGAUUGGCCCCAACAAGAAACUCCUGAAGCACCACAUGCUCCCCAUCGUCAUCCGCGUCCUGGUGGUGGAGCAGCACCUUGUGACAGGAACCAACACCCUGAACAAACUGAUCGUGGAGGCUCAGAUCAGGGAGAUCUACGGCAAGACCAUCAGGGACAUUGACGUCACCCAAGUUGAUAUCCGCCUGAGCAACGACAAGAAGGAGAUGACACUUGAGCGCAAGGUGACGGUCAUCCGCCUGGCAGAGUCUAAGAUCCACAACCACAAGCCAGAACAUGACAUUGAUGUGCACAGUCAGGGAGGUCGACUUCCCAAAACCAAACUGCAUGCCUCCAAGGAGCAGAUGGAUGACUACUACCGCCACCAGGACAAACUGGGGCCAGCCAGGACCCCUAAACACCCACUUCAUGCUUCCAAGACCUCCCUCGGCGGCAAGAUGGAUGAGUAUGAGCACAGUAUCUGCCGUGGAUUCUACCGCCUGCCGUUUGCUGUCCGUCUAUCCAUCUUCCUCCUGGUCACCUUCAUCGGUCUCCUGACAACCUUCUGUUGCAUCCGUGCAUUCUGCUGCAAGCCGGCUGCCAAGGGCAAGAAGUACAACAUUGAUGACUACUAUGACAACAAGUAUGAGUUUGACGCCGACAUGGAUGCCCCGCCCCUUGACACCAAGAUACCCCUGGAGAAGCAGAAACUUGUCAUUGAUGCUUGAUGUUAAUUUUCUGCUCUAAUUGACUACUAUAAUUGCUCUAAUGCAUUCGCAUACACCAAUUAGAAUAGAGUUUAUUUAAUGUUAAUCACAGUUCUCUUGAUUGUAACCCUUUCCGGCGUGAUUGAUUUCGCAGCUGUGGAGAGAAAGCGGUGGAUCUCAGAGCAUGUAGUAGUACCUCACCUAGUAAACACUUGUUUUUUUCACCCUUAAAGCUAAUGUAUGGACAUUAACUUAAUAUACCCAGGUUUCAUCCAUUUGGUUCCACAGUGUUGUGUUCAGUAUACUUGCACAGUAGACUAAUGUACUUCUAUCUUUGACUGGACAAAUCCUUUACAUUAAGGUGGCUAUAUAUAUCAAUUCUGGCUUAGUACAUAGGGCCGUAGCAGGGGGUGGGGAACUGGGGGUCAUUUGCCCCCAAAUAUUUUCAAAAAUUACAAGGAAAUGACUAGUAGGGGCAUGGAGGUUCCCACCUAAUAUUUUCUUAAUGUUUCUGUAGUGUGCCCCCCCCCCCCCCCCCCAAAUAUUUUGAGGCCUGCUAUGUCCGUACAUACCUUGUUUCCCCUUCCAGAUAUCUUACUGUUUUGGAGUUUCUUUGUACCUGAAAAUUUGCACUUGUACCCAAGUCUGUCUUGUAAGAUACUGAUGCACUCUGUAUUGUAAACAGUAUCGAAUGACUACUUAAAAAUUCAUCUUGUGCCUAGGCUAAAAAGGGGUUUAGAAUAAGCAUUCAUGAUUUUCACAUGAUAACACAAGUUUGCUAUGUGUCAAGACAAAAAAAUGUUUCUUUUUUUAUGUUUUUCCUAAUUGUUCCACAAAGUAGAGGACUCACAUUUUGUAUGCUGUACCUACACUAUGACAUACCUAAUCCAAGAUGUGUAUGGCAAAAUGGAUUUGAUCUAUGUGUUUUUUAAGUUUUCUUGUAGGGAGAAUAUUACGUCACAUGACCAUUCCUUUGAAUGUAAAUACAUGUAUAGGUACUUCAUGGUAGCACUAAGUUAGACACUGUUCUUUUCUUGUGCCAUUCAAAAUGUAACAUGAAGGUGAAACAAUCGACUUUGUUUAUUUGCAAGCAUUUGUGUUUGGAAUGGUACAUAAAAAGAAUGGCAUCUAAACUAGGUCUAGAUUUCUAGUUUCAUUUUUUUUCUAUUGCAGUGGAACCUUGAUGUAACAAUAUUGCACGGGAACAAAACUGCAUUGUUAUAUUGGGAAUUUUGUUUUGUUGAAAGCACCAUUAUAUCUAGUAUCUCCACACAGAGGUUCCACUGUUUUAGUGUAGAGAUUUCAGUGACUUAGAUAUUAACAUGGUAGAAUUAUGUUGCUUGUGCACUUCUUUGUUUUUUUUAUAAUUUUGGAAUAAAGUCGCAUUCUUGUGGA